CCUUAUCUACGCCAAGGCAGAGGGCUCGCGCCAAGGUAAAGAACUUAACUUCGGAGAAGUUGCAUAGUAAACAUUCCAUGCACCCGUUCUAAUUUCUUUAAGAAGUGCGACGCGAGCUGUAAGAAAAUGUCAGAGAAGGUUGUGUUGUAUUAUUUCAAUGGACGAGGGAAGAUGGAAUCGAUCAGGUGGCUUUUGGCUGCUGCCGGGGUUCAGUUUGAAGAAGUACUUCUGACAAAACGGGAACAGUACGAAAAGCUUCUGAAUGAUGGGGUUCUGAUGUUUCAGCAAGUGCCCCUGGUUCAGAUGGACGGUUUGCAGCUCGUACAGACCAAAGCCAUCAUGAACUACAUCGCUCAGAAAUAUGACCUCUGUGGGAAAGACCUAAGAGAGCGCGCCAUGAUUGAUAUGUACUCUGAGGGGCUGGCUGACUGCAUGGAGAUGAUUAUGAUGUCGCCAUUCAAAAAGCCCGAGGAGAAAGAUGCCCAUCUCAGCACCAUACAGGGCAAAACCACCAGCCGCUACUUCCCUGUCUACGAAAAGGCUCUCAGUGGCGGAUCGCAGUACCUUGUUGGAAGCAAGAUGAGCCGUGCUGAUGUCCAUCUGAUGGAGGCCACUCUGAUGCUGGAGGAGUUGUUUCCAACCAUCCUGUCAACAUUCCCAAACCUCAAGGCGUUUCAGGAGAGGAUGAAGGCCGUGCCCACAAUCAGCAAAUUCCUGCAGCCUGGGAGCCAGAGAAAGCCCCAGCCAGAUGACGUCUAUGUCAAAACUGUGUUCGAGGUCCUCAACAUUCAGUUCUCUUUCUAACAUUCGCUACCUCACUAUGGGAGACGCCCGCAGGCGUGACCCGCCCACGCAUCACAUGCGGUGAUGUUAAGCAAACACUGUCAGUAUCAUGGCCAGUCCACUGAAUUAAAAGUUGAAGUUUUGGCUGAGAUUUUCAAAUUACACAAACUUUUUGUAUAUAAUAGACCUUUGGCAUAAGACCAACAUUACCAGCCUACAGCUACAACUUAAAUAAAAGAAACAAAAUUGUACUUUGAAAAUGCCCAAAUGUGUCCUGUUCAACUUGCUGUCAUUUGCACCGGCACUCUGCAAAAUUCAGCCAGACAUUCCAUACACUGUCUCCCUGUUUGUGAAAAAUAAAUGUGUUAUUGACAACACGUUGAAUAGCUGUUUGAUUAUUCAUGUGCUGUUGUUUAAAGGUAAACCAUGUAAGAUGGUGGCGCUGGGUGGCCAUAGUAGGUAUUGCAACUAUGCAGCUCAUUGAAACUGUGCUGCCAAGGGCCAAAUCAUCAUUGAGAUGGGUCUUUUCAUGAAUAUUUUCUGAAUAAUAAACCAAUAUUUACUAGUAUGACUAAAGUACAGUAAGUUUUGCAGUGCAAUUUUCUCAGUCAUAUUGAAUACUUAGAAUUUGGUAGUGGUGUAUUAAAAAGCUAGCCUAACUUGUGAAUGGGCAGCAUGGAUUCUGUGACGGUGCACCGUUAACAGAAUGAGUGAAUAUUAAAUCAGUUAUACAGUUUUAUUCUAGGCCUACUACCCGUGGUGUUCCCUUGGACUGUGUUAAAAGUCGCCAUCAUGCAAUCGAUAAGCUAUUGUACUGUUUUUCAGAUUUCCAUUAAUAAAUGAUACGUUUACCUGGUUGUAACGUGAAUGCAUGUUUU